CGCCCGACAAGUCAGUUCGCAGUGAGCGUGCGUUUCGCGCGGUCACGUCCAACGAUCCACUCAAUUUUACAAACUCGAAAAAACGUGUUGUGACAUGUCACAAACCACAAACUUGUAAUAUUUACGCUGAAAAUAAUGUGAUAGAUUAUAGAGUGACUUAAGUUAAGUCAAGCGCCAGUCAACUGCAGUGUGCGUGCGUUUUGCGAUGAAAAACUUGUUUGGAUUCGGCGUGAUUUCGACUCGCCGGCGCCGAAAGUGAGCGCGCAUCGUUUACGUUUCGGCAGAUAAUUAUAUAUCGCCGCUGUAAACAAACACAGGCCGAGUGUGCGUAAACUGUUACACGAAGCGUUCGUGCGCAUCGAUCGUGUAAUUACACAACGCGAUUAUAAACAAAAACGUGUUUCUCCUGUCUCUGUGUGUGGAUUAUCAAUACUUUAUAUAUAUAGUUAUUUAUUGAAUUGGACAAGAUGGAAUUAUUGAAUGUCGCAAUAUUGUGCAUGAUGGCCGGGGUUGGCGCCGUCGGCGCCAUGGAAAGCGAGGCGGCAAUGCGCGAGCAUGUGCUCGACACCGCCAACGAGCGCAAUCGCUACGAAUCCAUAACGAUCAAUAAGCCGGUGAUGCGCUUCGAUUAUAAUCGCGCCCGCCAGCCGUCACCUGUCGCGCUCUCUCAGCAAGGGGAUAUUCAAACAGAUGACGCCCAGGAUGAUGGACACGUGCGACAAUUCGACGACGACAUCACUGGUCCGCCAUCUGCUUCGGUGAGAUGUUUCUGUAAUCUGCCGUCUUGUAUUUCGACGGGGUACAUGUGCAAAUCGCAUUUUGGGGGUUGCUUCUCGGAUUUAUUCCAACAACAUCCUCCUGCAUCUGCGGCGAAGACUGUGUAUCGAGGGAGACAUGGAUGUAUUGAAUUAUUAACAGACAAGGCGCAACGAGAGCGUUGUCAGCGGCUUCCCAACGGAAACCGAUAUCCUGCCUCGGCACGAAGCGCCAGCACCGCCGGGGGCUUCAAGAGCGAUGAGUAUGACCAUCCUCGGUCGCUGGUUCAUUGCUGCCAUGAGGAUAUGUGCAAUCAUGCGGAUAAUCCACAGACCAAGGAUCUCAUUAACGACACCACUUUAAGUGAUGUUGAUGAAACUCGUGUGAUUGGUAGUCCUGGGUAUAGUGAUUCGGAUGUGUGGUUCAAAGCUGCUACCAUUGCAGUGCCAAUUUGUGGAGCUGUUAUACUUUUUGUUCUGAUUGCAUUGGCAAUGCAUCUCCUCAAGAGUGAAUCCUUAAAUAACACUAAUUAUAAACUUGGUUGUACAUAUCUCCAUCGCAAACAUGGUCACAACUGUAGGAAACACCAUGAUCAACCAUAUUGUCAACCUGUGGCUGCAGAGCCAUUUUUACGAAAAGGUUUGGUUGUCCAUGAACAUCCUGACAUGGCGUUUGUACCACCACCACCUGGACCCAUCAGGAUAACGAAGAAUAUCAACGAGCGUUUCAACGCCACGAAUGAUAAACAGUACAAUUACAAUUUAUUACCUGUACGUAACAAUAACGACGUGCGGGUACAUGAAAUGUCCCCAAGUGUUAUGAUAAUAAGGUGUCCACGGCGUUUGGUUCCUUACCGCCGCCAUCACAGUCGUUGUCGUACGUUGUCUGUGAUGAGAAUCAUCCGGAGGAACGUGAAUGGAAACCUAACAAUUUGACAUCAUCAGCAGCCCACGAGGAUGCAUGUGAUAUAUCCUUACCCAAAAACGCUAACAUUACUCAUGAAGAGACCCACCCCAAACCAUAAUCGCCAAUCUUCAUUUCUGUCUUGCGUUUCGCUUACUAUAGUUUUAUUAUUUUGAACUGGCACUGAUUAGAACGCAUAACGUAAAGAAAAUCAUCUCGAACGGCUGUGAUACUGCGAAAUUUCAUUAUAUGCAUGCGCGCAUUCAAUCUGGGAAGGGUAGAACGAUGGAUUUUUAAAAUUUAAGAACAAGGAUGGUUUGUUUCCAUGGCGGAUUCUUUGUAGACAUGUGUGGGAAUAAUUCGUGAUGAUUUGUAAAUUCAAUUUCAUAGUUUUCUGUAUGGUUUGUAUGUUAAAUUGUAGUAUAUUAUAUCAACUGGACUGCUCAACACAUUUUGGAUGUUUCGAAACUGAUUUCGAGCCAAUCUGUAUGUAAUCUUUAAUUAUUUAUCAAAGAAUUGUCUUUGUUUUUUUGUAAAUAUGAUGUAAGUGUACAUUUUAUGGCAAUUAUUUUAUAUUUGUUUAUAUAUACUGCUGAUUCAUGUAACUGUAACAGUUUUGUAAUUUUCCAAUCAGCAGAAUUGAACAAGCGAUUGAGAAAUUGUGUAUAUUUAUUUAAUAUUAUUAUAUUCAUAAUAUAAACUAUUAUUGUGAGUGA